AUGUACUAUCAAGCCGAGUCGGAGCUCGGUCUGAACUUCUUGAAAACUCUUCCAGCUGCUCAUAACGAGUCUUUGGUGUUUUCACCAGUGUCAAUUGCUUUGGUACUCGCUUUGGUUCAUACUGGAGCACUCGGAAACUCGAAGAAGCAAAUCGAGAACUCACUGCUGAACAAGGCCAAUUGCAACAAUUGUCAGUUCGUGAAUCAUUUUUCGAAUGUUUACAAAAACCUGCAGAAGGGAAUUAAUGGAGUGGAGGUCAACAUAGCAAAUAGACUUUAUUUAAAGAGAGGUUCAACUGCCAAACGAAUGUUCUUAUCUGCCAUUUCUCUGAACUAUGGAUCAGAAGCCCGUGCUUUAGACUUCCGUACCUCGGACGCCAUGCAAAAAAUUAAUGGCUAUGUCAAAUCUUCAACCAAAGGAAAAAUCGAAAGAAUUAUCACUUGCCAGGACUCUAUCAGAAGUGCCAAUGGCCUUCUUAUAAACGCAAUGUCAUUCAAAGGUGGAUGGGAAGAUGGAUUCCCUCAACUUCCAGGAAAACAACUUUUCCAUAAAAAUGAACGUGAGGGUGUUCUAAUGGGAAUGUUAGCAGAUAACAGUAUUCGUGGAUACUCAUCGGAUGACGUCUUCCAAGUGUUAACAUUGAAAUAUGUGGACCCAAGAUUCCAAUUGUCAAUUUUCCUACCAAAACGAAGAAAUGGGUUAAACGAUGCGCUCAAGAAAUUGGACAACCGCAGAUUUGAGAACCUUCUGGAUAAUGUGAAACCAACAUUGGUCAAUACCGAGCUCCCAAAGUUCUCCGUCAAUUAUCGUCUUUCCCUGAAGAACUCCCUCAAGGCGAUUGGAAUCACCGAGAUGUUCUCCGACUUCGCUGAUCUUUCUGGAAUUGCUGAUAAAGCAAAAUUAUCGGAAGGAAUUCACAAAUCCUCUAUUCAGCUCUCCGAAUCCGGUACCGGUACAGGAUGCACAUUCCAAGAUAGUCCAGCAGCGUCACCAGGAAUCGGAGCUGGUGCCACUCCAAACGGAGCCUCUACAUCGAUUGGAUGCGGUGCUACGGUCGCGAAAACCAUCCGCGUCCUUCCAAUAGUUCGUACUGGAAAUCCAUUUCAAUUCAAGGCAGAUCACCCAUUCUUGUUUGCUUUGAGCUAUUUGAAUCAUUCAAUUUACAUGGGCGUAUAUAGAGGGUAA